AUGGCUGUUUACGAUGAAUACCCCCUUCCCGAGGACGGCUUUAUCCGAAUAGCCACCAUCCAUCCUGGAGACUGGCAAGACGAGAUCGAAAUCAGUUUGGCCGUCGUUGAGUUCCUUGAGGCCAAUCCUCUUAGAUAUGAAGCUCUGUCUUACGUCUGGGGGUCAGAAGAUGAUCCGGAAGCUAUUCGGGUUAUAUUAGAUACGGAAAGGACCUUUAUAUUCCCCGUAACGCGGAGUUUGUUUGCUUCCUUGCGAUAUCUACGCCGACCAUCCGAGUCCAGGGCCAUAUGGGUUGAUGCAAUAUGUAUCAACCAGUCAAAUAACAUCGAAAAGAGCCAACAAGUCAUGAGAAUGGGCGCUAUCUUUCGAUCAGCCAAUCGUGUCGUUGGAUUUCUAGGCGAAGAAAACAACGACGGCGCUCACGGAAUGAACCUCAUGUCUUAUAUUGGUUCUCAAGUUGACGUGAACUGGGAACCCGUGAACAUGUGGCCGGCAAAAUAUUGUGCAGACCCAAUGAUUAGUGAUAAGGCCCGUACUCUACCGGUGGUAGAAAGAGACAUGUGUGCAAUAUAUCACAUAUUACAUCGCAACUGGUUCGAGAGGCUUUGGAUUAGACAGGAGAUAAUGCUUGCCAAUAGCCACGCCAUCUUGCAAUGUGGCACAACAGAGACGAACUGGAUAACAUUUCGAAAAGCGUUGCUAUGCCUCUUCGUCAAACCCCCAGUCGAAUUUCAUUACUCCCACGCAUUUCGUCAGCGCUUGUAUUUCAUAAGCGGGCUCAUCUUUCCGAGAAGGAACAUAUCGCUAAUGUCGCUACGUCUCCACUUUGAUGGAGCUAUAUGCCGUGACCCUAGGGAUAAGAUUUUCGCGAUCAGAUCGCUUUUGACGUCGGCCGAUAGGGACUGUUGUCCAGUUCCGGAUUAUGGCAAAUCGUGGAUUGAAAUAUAUAAAGAUGUAACGUUAACCUGGAUCCAGAGGUUUGGUUCCCUGGCAUUGCUCCGCGACUGUCAUUUCGAACCCAAUGCUUUGCAUCCAAGUUGGGUUCCUAACUGGUCCAAGGCGGUACCAGCUCGAGAACUAUGCCAACAACCGUUUCUGGCAUCCUCUAGGUUGGGUACUUAUGUAGAAUCCCCGGUGGAUGGGGUACUCCGCGUGCCAGGUGUGACAUCUACAGAAAUCAUGGAAGUCUAUCACAUUCCAGAUCUCUCUAACGCCACUCUGAGAGACAUGUUCAAUAUUUACCACCAACUUUUAUUAACUCAUGAUACUAGUCAGAUCGAGCGCAACCAACUUCCGGAUGAAGUAGUGGAAACCUAUGCUAAAACUCUGGUUUACGGGUGCAUCGCCAAUGAGUCCACUGAUAUCCCAUUUAUCACGCUGCCAAGUUUGGGAGAAGCCAAAAGGGUAGUUACGGAACUAUAUUCAGGGCCAUGUUACGAUCCUGAGUUUUUCAAACCAAAUAGCCCUGGAUACGAUUUCCUCCAACAAGCUCGCAUCAUAGGGGGCAAAAGGUUCGCACGGUGCAGCAACGGAUAUUUUGGAAUUGUUCCCCCGCAUACACAAGUUGGUGACCAUGUUUGUGUCCUAAUCGGCUGCAAUGGAGUUAUGAUACUUCGGCCCAUGACCAAUGGUCAGUUUACUCUCAUGGGCGAAGCCUACAUCGAUCAAUUACGCAUCGGAGAGGCCUUAUUAGGGCCCCUCCCUGAAAACGUUCAAAUUUACCUAACCACUCAUGCUCACCGAGCUACUUUUGGCUUUGUGGGUACGGAAUCAGGGGAUAUUACUUUCGAGGACCCGAGGUUGAAGAACCUGCCGAUAGAUCUCUCCGAAUAUAGGGAGCAACUGAAGGAGAAUGGUCACGCCAUUCUAUUCGUGCAUCCUAAAUUCUUCAACAGUAUUGGCGUAGAUGUUCGGUAUUUCGAUCUCAUAUAA